AUGGCCUCACGAAAUUCAGAAACUGGUUCUAAUAUAUUUAGUAUUAGUGAAAAUGAACUACAGGAGUAUAGUGAAACAAAUGAAUCAAGUGAAUCAAGUCUCUUGCUUACAAAACAUAGAAAUAUUAGUGGUAAAAAACAGGGAGAUAUUUGGCUUUAUGUUAAUCAAGGUGUUAGUUUAGAUGAUAUGCACAUGCAUCUUGCUCGACAAUGUUUAAAUGUUCCUGACAAAAUUAAAUAUUUUUGGAGAGAUUUUAUUGCUAAAGAAAAAACUUCAAUACGAAAAAAAACAAAACAUAAUCAAUCUGAUAUUACAAUUAAUUUUCCAAAAGUUGAACCACUUUUUGAAGAACGAGUGGAAUCUUAA